AUGCAGAGUGAAGCUAGCGAAGAAUUCAACAUGGGAGCCGAACAUGCUCCAUCUGCAAAGCAAAUCAUUCAAGAGGGACUUCGAGUUCUUUUCCACUGGGAGUAUGUGGCCCUGGUGGAGUACGUGGAAGGUAUAGUUCCUCUCGUAUUUGUUGCAUACAAGUCGGUGCUCGAGAAUCUUCCGAACAUUAGAUAG